AUGCCCACACUCCUUGCUCGAGCUUCUGAGUGUUCUCCUAGUGGUGGUGGUUUCAGAUGUGCGUCCAACUCCUGCCCGCACGGACGUCUGCAAGCACUAGUGUCCAUGGCGACAUCGACGGCAACCUUGUCUCCCUUACCUGGUGCACCGGAUGUCUCAGAAACGGACGAUGGAGAUGAGGUUGCCGAUGCUGCAUCUCGCAUUUUGGCCGCCAGUUUCGCGCAGGCCAUGCUACCAGAAGGCAGCGCUGCGUUCAAACCCUGGGAUCACCUGCGACGGUUGGUGGAAGCCAGGCGUCAGAACUCAGGGAACUUUGCCUCGCAGAAUGCAGGCAGUGUAGCAGGGUCCUCGGCUUUGAGAUAUUCAUCUCUUUUGAAAAGAAUUCGUGGAGAUGCAGGCGGAGAUAGUGUUGAAGGCAAAUUGGAUGAUGUUGACGAGGAAGCAGUUGUGGAAGCACAAACUCAUUCUGAUAGAAGCUUAGCAGAAGCCUGGGAGGAACAUGGAAAGGAUGUCUCAGAAACGGACGAUGGAGAUGAGGUUGCCGAUGCUGCAUCUCGCAUUUUGGCCGCCAGUUUCGCGCAGGCCAUGCUACCAGAAGGCAGCGCUGCGUUCAAACCCUGGGAUCACCUGCGACGGUUGGUGGAAGCCAGGCGUCAGAACUCAGGGAACUUUGCCUCGCAGAAUGCAGGCAGUGCAGCAGGGUCCUCGGCUUUGAGAUAUUCAUCUCUUUUGAAAAGAAUUCGUGGAGAUGCAGGCGGAGAUAGUGUUGAAGGCAAAUUGGAUGAUGUUGACGAGGAAGCAGUUGUGGAAGCACAAACUCAUUCUGAUAGAAGCUUAGCAGAAGCCUGGGAGGAACAUGGAAAGGAACCACCAAUCACAUUCUGGGAUGCAUAUUUUGAAUUCACUCGUGUGGCCCGAGCUCAUUGUUUGGAAUAUGUCAUGGAGACCUCUUCGGGCUUCAUUCGAAAAAGGGAUUUCUGCACCGCAGCGUGGCUCCUGGCGCCAUUCCCACAGCUCAAGCCAUUGGUCAUCCUGUUGUGCUGGGAAGAGUUUCGUCGAGAUGUCAAAAGCCUUCAACACUUGCUGGAUACCUUGUGGAAAUCCUAUGCUGAGGAGACAUUUCGAGACAGUAGCAAGGUGGGUGACUUGCUGGUGGACUAUUGGGUGGAGGUCCUGAACUAUCGCCUUUUUGCCGCUGGCUGGAUCUCCAAAGUGGUGGUGGAGCAGGCCCAACAAGCGCCACGGCGACAAGCCAUGGCCCCACGCCGGGAACGGAAGGAGCUGCGAUCCUUGGAUUCUCCCCGUCGAACUGAAGGCGAAUCUGAGGAAGCGACGACGGAGAUGGCUGGGGUUGGUGGGGUGCAGAUGGUGCAGGAAGUGGCGGCAGAUGUCUUGGACGCGAUCACCUCUCACAGCAUCCUCUAUGUGAUGCGCCCCAAUCUGCCGAUGGUGGACAGCCACACUUUGUUGUCGUCCUUGCAUUCCUUGCCUCAACUUCGACAGGAGGCUGCAGCUUUGGAACAUUCCUACGACUUGGAUUUGGCCCAUUGCUACUACACCGUCCGUUGCGCCAUGUACCUCAUCGCUGGUUGUGUGGCGGAGGGUGCUCCUGCCCCAGACCAUAAAGUAAUACAGGAUGGAAUUCAUGAGUUGGAUAGCUUGAUGAGUUGCAUCGAACGGACUCGUUUGAAGGUCUCCGUCUUCUUGUUCGUGUCUUCGCUAUGCUUCGCAAGGCAUCACCACUUACAAGCUGCGCGAAGCUCUGACCAAGAGAACUUCUUAGUGCCGCCAAACGUCCUCUUGUCCUUGUUGCUUCUGUUGCGACAUCACUUGCAACCUCUGGCAGCCAAGAACGAGUUGGAUCCUGGUUUAAAGGCUACUAUUCAGCAGCUCCAACUCUUCACGCGAGAGGCGAUUUGGCGAAUCUUUAUUUCGCUCAAGGACUACUUCAUCUAUUCUCAGCUUGCAGCGCCUACGGGUGGUGCGGUUCCGGUGGCUACGCACAGGGUGGGGGAUGAAAUGGCCAUCACCGAAGAAACGGCGAGUGACUGGGCGUCAGCCAUUGGUGCAGUCACUGUGGGUGAGAUGGCUAUCCUGGAACCAGAGAGCCACAUCAGCGGCAGAGUGGGAGGAGAUGUGCAUCCGCUUCGCCAGUUCUGCACCCCCAUGGAUGUGCCUUUGUCGCUGCUGCCAUCUUUGUUCAUUCCCAGGAUGUUGUCAAGUCCAGGGACUUUGCUGCCACUUGUUGGUGCUUUGAGGCAAAGAUCUCUGAAGAUGAACGACUACGCCCUGAGUCAGCAGCUUCUGAAGCACUUCCCUACCUUGCGUGGCGGUCAAGUCGAGGCUGCGGUGCAAAUUGCUGAGCAGUUCAAGGAGCUACGGCAGUUGUUGGUGAAUCGAAAAUCCACCAAAGGACAAGGUGAAGCGGAGGACAAGGUCCUGGAAGAAGAGGAACAAUUCAACAAGCAGCUUGAAGCGUCGUUGCAAGUGGGCCUGCAGACAGUCCCCAACGCCGAAGGAGUUGCUACGGGCUUGACGGAUUUGCUGAGUUCACUGUCCAGACCUUUAUUGGCCUUCUAUGUCCUGGUGGACCUGGCCGUUUCGGCUGCUCCCUUCAGCCAGAUGAGCACCUUCCUGUUGAAGAAGGGCACCUCUUGGCUUUCGGAAGGGGAAGCGGUGCCCCUGGCCAUGCGAAGUUUCUUCGAAAACUGGGUGGAACGCCUCUGCGUCCUGGUGGAAGUUCGCCCCGAGCUGCGCGAUCGCGCCUCGUUGGCGUCGAUCAUCUUGGGUAUUGAGACGCUACCCUCGGAGCCGGCGCUGCUGAAGUCCCACUUGAAUCGAUUGCACACCCAACGGCAUGCCAUCUUGUCCCUAGUGGAGAGUGUAGACCUGGUGAAGAAAGGCCAGACGUCGGCAUCACAGAGAACCUUGGUGGAUUUCCUGUCCACCACCAUCACUUCCUUCAACCGUGAAGAGGAGGACUCCUCCAAAGAUUCCAAGGCACCUGAGGACCGUGAAGAAGCGGUGCAGAUCUCUGAAGGUUUGGGAUCCUCUAGGUAUUUGCUGCGCUUCUUGGAGUACUUGGCACGCGUCGCUGACUUGAUGCACUCUGCUUCCCUGGACGCUGGUUUGCGCAAACCCAAGGGCAAGACAGAGGCCACCGCCCCAAGUGCCCUAGCUGUGCCCAGUGAGAAGCGCGAAACGCGCGAAACGGUGACCAUUGCCCUUGAAAGCCAUGAAGAUCAUGAAGCAGAUGCCAAAGGUGAUGAGGAAGAUCCAGAAGCAGCAGGUGUCACCAAGCUGUUUGAUGUGCUCGCCGAAGCUCCCAAAGGCAUCGUGGCCCGACUGCUGUUCGAGCUGGGCGGCCAUCGGCAAGCAUUAGCACUGUCAGAGAUGAUGAACAUUGACAUCGUGGAGGUGAUUGUGAAUUCAUCCUUCAAGUGGUCUGAUGGAGUGCAGCCCAGAGGCCAAAAUUCAUUCGCUUCACUUCCUGAAUAUCCCAUGUCUAUGGAGGUGGUCCAAUACCUGGCUCAACACGAGCGGGAGUUGCCGUUGGUUUUGUGUAAGGAGGCGCCGCUGCUGGCGACCCUGGCAUGCUUGGAAUGCCGUGGACAUCGCUGGCCCUCGUGGCAAAUGUUACACUUUGCAAAGGAGCAGAGCCACCAUUUCCCCGCCUUACACCGAUGGGUGGAGGAACGGCAAACCAUUUUGCAGGCCAUUCAAUGGGUGGAUUCUUCCCAUCCAGCUGCCAGAGGUUUGCCCCCCUUACUACUGGGCCGAUCCCAGAGUCAGCAAGCACUGGCAGAUGGCAUGGAAUGCAGUGGCUAUACGGAAGCUGAGUUUGCAAGUUUCAGUGAAGAUGAGCAGCUGGCCCUUAGAGCUGCGGGUGAUGAUCAGGAGGCCUGCAUGUCAGCUGCAUAUACGCAGCUGGUGAAUGCACUCAUUGCAGAAGGACGGCAUGAGCUAGCCCUGCAGAUUUGUGAUGAGCAUUUGCCGGUGGAUAGUUUGCUGACUGACAAGGUCCUGCAUCUUUACUUGAAUAGCCCCAGCGCUACGAAACCAGAGACGGAUGCAGUGCACGAAUUGCUGGAUCAUGAGUGCAUGUACCGUGUGAAAAGCCACGCAAUAGCUGCACAAUUGACACUGGAUCGCUACAAGUGUUGGGAUGUGGAUACUGCCGUGCAGACCCUGUCGAUGUGCUUGCAACGCAUUGAACAAGAGCCCUCAGGUAACACUGAGGCCAGUCGCGCGGCUGCUUUGAAGCAGGAACUCCGGCGAAUCCUGCAAAGGAUGGUCUCAUUUGAGAAGAUCCUUCAGGCAUCAGAGGGGCGAUGGCAAGUUUGGCAGGAAAUCGAAGAUAUGAGCAAGGCGCAGGUCAGUGAAGCUGUUGAGCAUUUGCUUUCCCUUCAGCAGCAUGACAUGGCGAGGACACUGGCGCAGAUGUAUGGCAUGACAGAUCCUUUGCACUCUCUAGAACUGUCGCGCUUGCACUACCUUUUCACUACCAAAAACGACAAGACCAAUGCGGUGAACCGACUGCUCUCACUUCCUCCUUCACAGGCAGUUUCCUUUGCACUGCAACUGCUAGACAUGUUUGACGUGAUCCAGCACCGGGCGCUUUUAUGCCAGAUGCUCCUCACUCAAUUUCAAUCGUGGCUGUCGUCCGCAGAGGAGGAAAGGCUUCGUGUACUUCUGGCGUCAUUGCAACUGCUGCAGGAGGUUAGUGAGACCAUGAAACCGCACUUCCUAAAGCUGCUGAGGAAGCCUGAGCUGAUUGUGGAAAGCCUUCUGAUGAAUGCUCGGGUGGAUCUCCUCAAAAAGUUCCUGGAAGAUUUUCCGGAAUACCGUCAUGACCAGCUGAUUCUACGCUAUGCUCGCAAGGCCCUGGGUCUAGUUGAUCAAAGAGAGCAAGGCGAGGACGCUCGAGCAGCAUCUUUUGAUGUGCCAAGAUCUGCGAUGGACUCAGAAGGUCUUGGCGGACCAUGGUGUUUGACAGGGUCUGUGACAGAUCAAGUGAUUCGUUCUCAUCACCACUUUGAAGAUGCACCCAGUAGCCACUUGGCAGAACGCAUCUUGGAGCUUUGCUCUGAUGGUCCCGAGAAUGCCGCUGCUUGCUUCCACAUUUGUGAUGAUCUCUCCCUUCGCUUAUACGAUCUGACGACUUCUGACGCUUCAUCUUCUCAGCCACCUGCAGCAAAGUCAGCUCGCUUGUUGACAUUUCUGAUUAGGCGCUUACUGAAGUACCUGCAAAGCAAAUUUUCGGGUGCUGGCAGUGCUGGCAGUGGCCGGGAAGUCCAACUGAAGCUGCAACUCAGUUGUAACAACUUGGACUUCCUGCCGCGUCUAUGGCAUGUCAGCGGCAAGAGGGUCAGCUUGGCCCAGCUCUGUGAUGCCACAGAGGCUGCCCAGCUAAGGGAUGCCUUGGUGAAGGAAGAUCACCUCCACUUGGCCUUGGAGUUGUGCAAGCGAUGUUCGCCCUUGGAGCGAAGUGAGACCCAGGGCUGGCACAUUUCAGCUGAUCCAGUGAGGGAAGCCCAGGCAGUGGCACUUCAACGCCUCAGUUUAUUUGAAGAAGCUCGACAGGAAUUCAGCAUGACUGAUGAGGCAGGCUCUGCUGGCCGACAAGCAUCUGAAAAUGCGCUCAGUGCCUUUGAGGAUGCGAUGCGCUAUCCACCCCUGUACGACUUGGCUGCCCUGGAGCAGCAGCGAAGCAUUUACACCUUCAACCGCUUGCAGAGAAAGUUGUACCGCUCCACUGCCACCAUGGCCAGUUUGCCAAUCUUCAUGCAGCCGGACUGUUCAGAAGAAGCAGUUUCUGUGCCAGUUGUGCCGAUCAGCCAAUCUCCGGAAACUGUUUUCAAUGCAAAGGCGGGCGCCCAGAACGGCACGGCGACCGCUCCGGCGACCUCUGCGUCGGCGCUGGAGGAUCGGCUACGGGAUGCGCUACAUCGACGGAGCAAAUGGAAUGACGCUGCCAAGGUGAAAGACGUGCAACAGACGACCUUGGUGAACUCUGUGACUUUCCUCACGCCACCCAUCCAUCCCUCAGAAAUGUCGCGCUGGUCCACCCUGACGGACAUGGUCACCCUACGCAACAAGACAGCAAAGGCUGGCCAUCCAAAGGCUGAUGCCAAUUCUGCUGAAGUGAAAGCUCCUGAAGAACCCAAACCAGGAGGAUAUCCAGGUCAAUCUGCUGCAGAUGAGAAAUCUCGGGACAAAGAUCGACCCGAAGAAGGAGUGGUCGAGGAGGUGGCAGAUCCAGUCUUUGAAGAGGAAGAUGAUGCCAAUUUGAUCCCUGAGAUCAGUUACGACAAGCUAACCAUGGACAUGGCGAGUGUCUGUUGCGCUUGUUCGGCCACCUUGCAUAACUUGAGAAGUCCCAGCAAUUUUUGGCCUGAGGAUCGGCAAACGCAUAGCUUUAUGCCUGCCAGCCCCAUGGCCUUGCCCCUGGCAGCUCCAAUGAAUCUGGCUGGAGUUAAAGGCCUUGGCAGGCCUUUGAGUUCUCAGGCAUUUCAAGAGUUGCUUCAAUUCCAAGACAAAUAUGGAUCUGCUGAAUCCCUGAUCAGUUUGCUGGUUCGGGAACGGAGGCUGGCGAAAGCUUGUCAGUUCAUUUUCAGCGAGAAGGUUGACAAGCGCCUCUUCGUAGAUGUGGUGGCGCAUCAUUGCCUGGCGCACAAUCAAUUCCAUGAGCUUCAGAAGGUCAUUUUGGACUUUGAUCCAUCCCUGCGAAGGGUGCAGGAGUACCUGAAUUCCGUCAAGGACUUCCUGCGUGACAGACGUGCAUUGGACUUGCUCUACUCAUAUGAAGUCUUUACCAAGAACUAUGUGAAUGCUGGCUUCCUGGCUGUGCAGCUCUUUGUACAAUCCUCCACCUGGGAUGCCAGAGUAGGACAUCUGCAAAAUGCUGAAGCACACUUGGGCUUUGCCCACCGAAAGGUCAUGAGCAAAAGGAAGGGUGAAAGUAAAGAUGGCGGUGCAGAUGUGCCCGAUGCCAGCGCCACUACCGCUGUAACCCAUGAAGCGAUCAUCUCUGGAGAAGCUGCUGGAGACAUCAACGAAGCAGGUGCCACCGACAUCAAGCGCAACUUGGAGACGGUCCGCAUCCAACGAGCCGUUUGUGAGGCCAUGCCUACUGAGAUGCCACAGAAUGCCACCCUCUUUGGGGACCUGCCAGCACAAUGUGAAGUGGCAGAGCUGUUGAUGGUGAAUGGUCACUUCAAAUUGGCACAGAAAGUCAUGGAUUUCCUGGACCUCCCUGCGGUGGAGCUGUGUAUCCGCGCUUCCAACCAGAUCGCAACACAGCAGGCGCGCAAUGGCGUGGGGGGAUCCAUCGCUCCAGUGGUGAAGUUCCUUCAGGCCAUUCCCAAGUUGCCACCAGUGGAAUGGGACAGCCUGGUGUCCAACGUCGUGAACAUUUGGAUCAUCGAAAAGGAGGAGUUGAAUGCAGAUCGCUCUGCUGCAUCCCAGUUGGUGCCUUUCAUUCAGGAUGAAAGAUGUAAGAUGGAUGCCAUGAUUCUGAUUGGAAACCUGCAGGGUGCCUUUCACAUUGCGCAGCGCUUGGGUAGCAUGCAGGAUGUCUUGCACAUCAACAGUCGGGCUCAAGCCGUGGGCGACCAAGAGCUUUUGAAGUCCAUAGCCACCUUCAUGGCCUACAAUCCAGUGGGCAAGAAAAGGUGAGCGAUUCAAAAUGACCCAUUGUUGAUUAGUUAUGAUUAGUUAUGACAUAGAUAAUUAUAUACUACAUGGUUAUGCUAU